AUGCAGUACAAGGCACUUCCCAUGGUCUUUGCCACCGUGGCAUUAGCAGCGAGCUCAGACGUUACCGCGAUUGAUCCCGCUCUUGAAUCUCUUGUGACAUUGCCUAUAUGGGUUGAGGAAGCAAUCUCAACCGCCGAGCCAACCGCGUGGGCCUCGUCCUUCAGAUACGACAGCGCCUUUGCCCUGUCCGUUGAGCUUGCGGAGAUGGCUGGUACCAUGCCGGCUUGGUACAACAAUCUUCCAGCGAGCGUACUGGAAUUUUUGUCCACGCGAGACGCGGCAAUUGAGUCCUACGGAGCUACUGCCACUCAAAAUGAUGCGUUCACCACCUCGGGCUCUACCGCUACAGCCACAGCAACUGGCUCCUCGAACGCCGACACGACCUCAGUUUCUACAGGUGGAGCCCCUGCUGCCACGGGUGCUCUUUAUGUGGGACUUGCCGGUGCAGCCGGAAUCCUGGGUCUUUCUCAUGCCCUGUGA